UAUAGGAGUGGAAUUUCGUUUAAAUCUAAGAAGCUUUGGUGAACAAUAAGCUUUCUCUCAAAUCAGAAUAAAUCAUGGCUGACGCUGCUGUUACUAUCAGAACUCGCAAGUUCCUUACCAACCGUUUACUCUCCCGUAAGCAAAUGGUCGUCGAUGUCAUUCAUCCUGGCCUCCCCAACGUCAGCAAGGACGAACUUCGCGAAAAGAUCGGCAAGAUGUACAAGUCUGAUAAGGAAGUUGUUUCUGUCUUUGGUCUCAAGACUCAAUUCGGUGGCGGAAAGACUACUGGUUUCGCUUUGAUCUACGACAACCUUGAAGCCAUGAAGAAGUUCGAACCCAAGCACCGUCUUGUUCGUUACGGUAUGGCUGAAGCUCCUAAGGGUGGUCGUAAGCAACGCAAGGAAAAGAAGAACCGUGAAAAGAAGUUCCGUGGUGUCAGAAAGUCCAAGAAGCCCAGAAAGGAAUAAACGGAUCACCAUCAUUAUUAGUAGUAAUAUUGAUUGUAUAUUUUCCUCUGCAAAAUUUUCGCGCAUGCAAGCAAAAAAAGAUGACCAUUUUGGUUCUUUAUUUGUUCAAGCAGGAAAAGAAAUGAAAACACAUUCUUUUACACGCAUAUUCUUUCUUUUUUUGAUUAAAAUGAUUGUUCAAAACUACUUUUACAGUAAUAGUAUUAAGUUGGGG